AUGACUGUUUGGUGGAACCUGUUGUGUAGGAAUCUCCUGCCUGUGUCUCUGCUUGUGUGCAUCCUGCUCCUCACCACGGAUGUGUACACACGACCAGCCAACAUGUCAGCCUCUAAAGACAAGAACGCAGUCAACAAGGAUGAGAAUGAGAUUCUGCCCCCAUUCCACUUGAAUGGAGUGAAAAUGGAAAUGGACGGCCACCUGAAUAAGGACUUCCAUCAGGAGGUUUUCCUCGGCAAAGAGAUGGAGGAGUUUGAUGAAGACUCUGAACCGAGGAGGAACAGGAAGAAACUUAUCGAUAUCUUCAACAAAGUUGAUUUCAACAAGGACAGGAGCGUGAGUGCCAAGGAGAUGCAACGGUGGAUUAUGGAGAAGACAGAGGAGCACUUUCAAGAGGCCGUGAAGGAGAACAAAAACAGUUUCCGUGCUGUUGAUCCAGAUGGCGACGGUCAUGUGACGUGGGAUGAAUACAGGGUGAAGUUUCUAGCCAGCAAAGGAUUCAAUGAGAAGGAGAUGGCGGAGAAAAUAAAAAAUAAUGAAGAUCUGAAACUGGAUGAAGAAACUCAGGAGGUUCUAGAAAGCUUGAAAGACCGCUGGUUUCAGGCUGACAACCCACCUGCUGACCAGGUCUUGAACGAGGAUGAGUUUUUGUCUUUCCUCCACCCAGAGCACAGCAGAGGAAUGCUCAAGUACAUGGUCAAGGAGAUUGUUCGAGACUUAGAUCAGGAUGGUGAUAAGAAACUGUCCCUGUCAGAGUUCAUCUCUUUACCUGUCGGCACUGUGGAGAACCAGCACGCUCAGGACAUUGAUGAUGACUGGGUCCGUGAGAGGAGGAAGGAGUUUGAGGAAGUCAUUGACCAGGACCACAAUGGCAUUGUUACCAUGGAGGAACUGGAGGAAUACAUGGACCCGAUGAACGAACACAACGCUUUGAACGAGGCCAAACAGAUGAUCGCAGUGGCCGACGAGAACCAGAAUCAUAACCUGGAGCUGGACGAGAUCCUCAAGUACAGCGAAUACUUCACAGGCAGCAAGCUCAUGGACUAUGCCAGGAACGUUCACGAGGAGUUCUGAAGCGAAAGCCGGCCUGCGCACCCUGUCCGCUCAGCAAGGUGGGCUGCUUACAAUGCCCCCUUCAGGGAAAAGCCGUCUUAGUGGAGCCAGCUAACGAUCCAACGUAGUGUUCAGCCUAAACUCACCGGCCUCUUUUGCUGAUGGUUCUCCUUUUAAAAGUUUGGUCUUUUCUCCCUGGACUUUCUGCCAGCAAAGCUAAUGUGGCCCAUCUUCUGUGUGCCAGUGGACUUGUUUUUAACGCCCAAUACACUUUGGGGUUUUUCCCAAUCAUUUAAAGCACCACAUCAGCUUAAAAAA